CUCUUUGUGCAAUGUCUCAUAUGCACACACCCUCCCCCAAAAAUAUAUAAAGGGAAUUUAGGAUUUGUUAGAUUAGAGGGACACUGUGUUGGACUGUGACAGAAUUUAAUCUACUACAGAUUGCGUACUGAAAUACAUAGUCUUCCAGUAGCCUACCUGCUCACAAGAAUGGAGCAGGCAGAGUAGACAGCUGGUAUAAUAUGUGAAGACAUGAACCCGGAAACAAAUACACAGCUGUUGGAUCUAAUUUUAAACCUAACACUCUUGAUCGGGUAGCUUUAGAUCCUAAUUAACAGGCUAUGGCUAAAUUUACUUCUGGGAGUAAGGAGAAGAAAGUUUGAAGAAAGUGGUGAAAAGCUUUUGUUAAAAACAAGCUAUAUUUGCUCCGGUUAUGGUUCGUCCAUUUGUCAGAGCUAGUACAGAGCCCCCAAAGCCCAGAAAGGAAGAUCAAAAAGCUCGAAAUGCAUUGCUAGCAGACAUUCAGCAAGGGACUCGCUUAAGGAAAGUUACCCAAAUCAAUGACCGAAGUGCACCACAGGUUGAAAAAUCCAGAGGACCUAACAGAGAUGGAGGUGGUCCAGCAACCAGCAAAAGUAGUGCUCAACCAUCAUUGGGGGGCUUGUUUGCAGGUGGCUUUCCCAUGCUGAAACCAAUUGGCCAAAGAGACAUGACAGCUGGCAAGGCCGGGCAGCUGCCUGGAGUACGAGGGCCUCCUCCAAAGUCUCCAGCCCCACUGAACGGCAGUGCCAAAGCAAACAGCAACAUUGCAAGUCAACCUGAUUGUCCAAGAGCAGCACACCCAACGGAGCUAUUCAGUGGGCCACGACCAGGACCAGCUCGGCCCAGCAUGCCUGCCCCUCCCCCACCUCCCCCAGUUUCUAGUAAACCAUCCCUUGUUUUCCCACCUCCUCCACCUCUUCCCUAUCCUCUGGAAAAACCUGUAAAAGUGUCACCCCAGAAUUUGGUUCCUCCUCCACCACCACCACCUCCUCUGGGUGACAAGCCUGCCAAGAUUCAAGCAAUGGCUUUGCAUCUGCCACCACCCCCACUGCCCUUGGCACCACCUUGUGGCUUGCCAAUCAGAACUGACUUUUCUAGCACUUCUCCCCCACAGCCUGAUUUGAGGGAUUAUCCACCUCCAACUCCUCCCCCACCUCCACCACCACUGCCUCCUUCACCCAGGGGAUCCUUGCUGCUGCUACCCUCCCCGAUCUUUAACAGUACUGUGAGCAGCAGUGAUGUUCCACCCCCAUUACCCCCCAAAUCUCCACACUUGCUGCUCCAAAAACCUGGUAUUCAGUCUAUGCCCCUCCCUCCCGCCCCUCCCUUCCCUCAGCCAGCUGCAGCAGUGCAAAAGAAGAGACAAGGUAGAGGUGCAGUAAGCAGCACCGGGAAGCUAAUUCCACCUCCGCUGCCUCCAGCAAGAUCACCAACAACUGAGCUUACAAGCAAGUGUCCAUAUACCCAAGUCUCAUCCUGGCCAGCUGCACAUGAGUCCUAUCCACAGCACAGAAAUGGAAACAUGCAAAUCAUUGAUGACUUUGAGUCUAAGUUUACUUUCCAUUCUGUGGAAGAAUUCCCACCUCCUGAUGAAUUCAAGCCAUAUCAGAGAAUUUAUCCCAGCAAGGCACCUAGAGAUACACCUAAAAAUCCUCCACUAAGAACACACGUGAGAUGAGAAGAUUCCCAUAACAGAUCUCUGGUGCAGUACAACACAGGAAGAGUGAAGAUAAGAUAAUUUAUGAAACAGAAGGUUUUGUUAAAUGCAUAGAAAUUAUAUUUUAACAAUCAAAUGCUGCAAUGGCUGACCUGAUUUGAUAUUUUUAAACUGGAAAAGAAAUACUUUAAUUAUUCAUUCUCUGAACUAGCCUAGUCAUUGUUGGCCCAGGCUUUUACAUUAUUGUUAGAUACUUUACUGAAGGAAUUUUUAAAAUUAGCAUUAUGAGAUUUAAAUGUUUAGUAGCAUUCACUAUGUAAUUCUCAUUCAUAUCUCAUAAUCAAGAGAUGUCAUCUCAAACAGUAUUCCAGGUAUUAAAUAUGCCCACAAAUAUUUUUCUGUUACCUUUUAAAUAUUUGUUAGUCUUCCCCAGAGAGCUCUAAUUAUAUUUACAUGAGUUUUCAAUUAGUUAUCUGAAAAUAAGCUACUAUAUAUUGUAUGGUUAUUGGCAUGACUUCAUAAUCUGAUUGUAAGUUACUUUGUUGUCUAUUUCCUACUUAUCCCCACACGGCUGCAAAAUGGCUGCUCCUUCAAUAUUACCAUAAAGGGGCUCAUAUUUA